AUGGCAUCCUCCUUCACGCUUUGGCAUUGUCUCCUCCCCAUUCUCCUUCUUCAUGUCUCUUUUUCUUUCGCAGACCCUUCGCUAUAUGCUCCUUUCCUUCGCUGCCUAACCAAUCACGCGCCCCCAUCCGACCAUAUCUCCCGCAUAGUAUUCACGAAUGCCAACGUUUCCUACACUUCACUUCUUGAAAAUUACAUCAGAAAUGCCAGAUUCAACACUUCCUCGACCCCUAAACCCUCCCUUAUCGUAACCCCUUUGCAGGAAUCUCACGUCCAGGCCGCUGUCAUUUGUGCUCGAUCUGCUGGAAUUCAAAUUAAAAUCCGAAGUGGGGGCCACGAUUACGAGGGCGUCUCUUACGUCUCUCAAAAACCCUUCAUCAUCCUCGACCUCUUCAACCUCAGAAACAUCUCCGUCGACAUCCAAAACGAGGUUGCCGUCAUCCAGUCGGGCGCCACCCUCGGAGAGCUCUAUUAUCGGAUCUGGGAGAAAAGUAAGGUUCAUGGGUUUCCCGGCGGCGUGUGUCCCACCAUGGGAGUGGGAGGCCAUUUGAGCGGAGGAGGAUACGGGAACAUGCUUCGUAAAUACGGCUUGUCUGUGGAUAACGUUAUUGAUGCCACAGUUGUUGAUGUUGAUGGUAGAAUAUUAAACAAAGAUUCCAUGGGAGAUCUUUUCUGGGCGAUCAAAGGAGGAGGCGGCGGGAGUUUUGGCGUUAUAUUGUCCUACACUGCGAAACUGGUUCAGGUACCAGAAACUGUAACUAUUUUCCGUGUUGAAAAGACACUGGAAGAAAAUGCCACUGAUCUUGUGGUUCAGUGGCAGGAUGUAGCUCCGCGCACAGAUGAUAGGCUUUUCAUGAGGUUACUUUUGGCGCCGGCGACUUCCAAGGUAAACAAGAAUCAGUUAACAAUACGAGCAUCAGUGGUGGCGUUGUUUCUGGGUGAAUCCAACGAACUGCUGGCGCUGCUAGAGAAAGAGUUUCCUCGGCUUGGGCUGAAGAAGGAAAACUGCAACGAAACGAGUUGGAUCGAGUCUGUGCUUUGGUGGGCGAACUAUGAUGUAGGAACGAAACCCGAAGUGUUGCUGGACAGAGAGUUGAACACGGCCAAGUUCGGCAAGAGAAAAUCAGACUACGUUGAAACACCAAUUUCCAGAGAAGGCCUGGAGGGUAUAUGGAAGAAGAUGACUGAGCUGGGGAAAAUAGGGCUUGUUUUCAAUCCUUACGGAGGAAAAAUGAAGGAGAUUGCAUCUGAUGCGACUGCUUUUCCUCAUCGGGCCGGGAAUCUGUUCAAGAUUCAGUACUCAGUGACGUGGGACGAAGCUGGAAGUGCGGUGGAGAAGAACCUGACAACUCAGGCUAAAAUGUUGUAUGAUUAUAUGACGCCAUUUGUGUCCAAGAAUCCAAGGAGGGCCUUUUUGAAUUACAGAGACCUGGAUAUUGGGAGCAAUACCGAGAAUAGCUAUAAAGAAGGGGAAGUGUAUGGAAGAAAGUACUUCAGUGACAACUUUGGGAGGUUGGUGAAGAUUAAAACCGCAGUGGAUCCAAAAAACUUCUUUAGGAACGAGCAGAGCAUACCAGUACUUCCGUCAAACAAAUAG